GGUCAUGCAAAAUGCUCUUUAACUAUGAGCAGACUCCCUGCGGAUAAGGGCAUUUUUCUAGGGACAGGCCAAAGCUCUCUUCAGCUCUUCUAGAGGUCCAUGAUUGCUGAAGAAUUCAACCUACUGGAUCAGAAGUUCUGGUGGAUUGACUUUUUUUUUCUCUCAUUUUAAAGGCAGAUCGAGAGCGGUGCUGAGAAAAAUUUCCUUACUAGAUGACAUUUCAUCGCAAUGUCCGAUCGUUUGGGGCAAAUAACCAAGGGCAAAGAUGGGAAAAGCAAGUAUUCGACUCUCAGCCUGUUUGACAAGUAUAAAGGAAAAUCAGUAGACGCCAUUAGACCCUCAGUUAUUCCUAGACAUGGCUUACAGAGUCUUGGGAAAGUUGCCACAGCCCGGCGUAUGCCACCGCCUGCAAACUUGCCAAGCUUGAAGUCUGAAAACAAAGGAAACGACCCCAACAUUGUCAUAGUACCCAAGGACGGGACAGGAUGGGCAAACAAGCAGGACCAGCAAGACCCAAAGAGUUCCAGUGUGACGGCCUCUCAGCCGCCGGAGUCGCUGCUGCAGCCGGGUUUGCAGAAGUCUGUCUCCAAUUUGCAGAAACCGACACCGUCAAUCAGUCCAGAGAAUACAAAUUCAGUGCCAGGUGGACCAAAGUCAUGGGCACAGCUGAAUGGAAAGCCAGUAGGACACGAAGGUGGUUUAAGGGGCUCAAGCCGACUGUUAUCCUUCUCUCCCGAGGAAUUUCCAACGCUGAAAGCAGCUGGAGGGCAGGACAAGGCUGGCAAAGAAAAGGGCGUCUUAGAUCUGUCGUAUGGGCCAGGACCAAGCCUCCGCCCUCAGAAUGUGACAAGCUGGAGGGAGGGCGGUGGGCGAAACAUAAUUUCUGCCACGUCUCUGAGCGCCUCCCCAACUGAGCUGGGCAGCAGGAACUCGAGUGCGGGAGACGGAGCCCCCUCCUCGGCAUGCACCAGCGAUUCUAAGGACCCCUCUCUCCGCCCGGUUCAGCCUGUCCGAAAAGGGGCUUCACAGUUCAUGGGAAAUGUAUACCACCCACCUACAUACCAUGACAUGCUUCCUGCUUUUAUGUGUUCGCCACAGUCAUCAGAGAACCAGGGUACAGUGGAACGAGGCUCUUUUCCUCUUCCUCAGCUCCGCCUUGAACCCCGUGUUCCUUUUAGGCAGUUCCAGAUGAAUGACCAAGAUGGAAAAGAGAACAAGCUGGGGACAGCUCGUCCUCUCCGCCCACUGAGGCAGCUGGUGGAACGGGCGCCACGGCCUACCAUCAUCAAUGCAGAAAACCUAAAGGGUCUCGACGAUCUGGAUACCGAUGCUGAUGAUGGCUGGGCAGGCCUCCAUGAAGAAGUGGACUAUUCUGAGAAAUUGAAGUUCAGUGAUGAUGAGGAGGAGGAAGAAGUUGUGAAGGAUGGCAGGCCCAAGUGGAACGGCUGGGACCCUAGAAGGCAGCGGCAAUUGUCGAUGAGCUCUGCAGACAGUGCUGAUGCCAAGCGUACUCAAGAGGAAGGCAAGGACUGGGCCGAAGCAGUGGGCAUGUCUCGUGUUGUCCGAAAGGUUCCAGAACCUCAGCCCCCUUCCAGGAAGCUUCAUGGCUGGGCAUCAGGCCCUGACUACCAGAAGCCCUCAACGGGCAGCAUGUUCCGGCAACAGUCCAUUGAGGAGAAGGAGGACAAGCUGCCCCCACGCCAGAAGUUCAUCCAGUCAGAGAUGUCUGAGGCUGUGGAACGAGCCCGAAAACGCCGGGAGGAAGAGGAGCGCCGAGCGCGGGAGGAGAGGCUGGCUGCCUGUGCCGCAAAACUCAAGCAGCUGGACCAGAAGUGCAAGCAGGCUCGGAAGGCGGGCGAGGCCCGGAAGCAGGUGGAGAAGGAAGUGCCCCGGUCUCCUGGCACUGAGAAGGUGUCCCCACAGGAAAACGGCCCUGCCAUCCACAAAGGCUCCCCGGAACUCCCUGCCCAGGCAGCCCCCACCCCGUUCCCUGAAGAGGCACCCACAGUGUCUCCAGCUGGGGCUCAGAGCAAUAGCAGUGAGGAAGAGCCCAGGGAGGCUGGGUCCCCAGCACAGGAGUUGAGCAAGUAUCAGAAGUCACUUCCUCCCAGAUUCCAGCGCCAGCAGCAGCAGCAACAACAACAGGAGCAACUUUAUAAGAUGCAGCACUGGCAGCCGGUGUACCCUCCGCCCUCCCACCCCCAGCGCACCUUUUACCCGCACCAUCCCCAGAUGCUGGGCUUCGACCCCAGGUGGAUGAUGAUGCCUUCGUACAUGGACCCUCGGAUCACCCCCACACGGACCCCCGUGGACUUCUACCCCUCUGCCCUCCACCCUUCAGGACUGAUAAAACCCAUGGCACCUCAAGACCCUCUCGGUGGGACUGGCUGUCGCUCUGAGGAUCAGAACUGUGUGCCCCCACUCCAAGAGAGAAAGGUGACCACCAUGGAUCCGGCUCCUGUGUGGAGCCCAGAGGGAUACAUGGCCUUGCAGAACAAAGGCUACUCGAUUCCCCACCCGAAGUCUAGUGACACUUUGGCUGUGGACAUGCAUGUCAGGAAUGAAAGCUCUUACUCUGCCUCACCGGGAAGGUCCGGGGGCAUAGGUGCCCAGCGCGAUCUCUUUGAGGAGAGAGGGGAGGAGUACUUGAGUGCUUUUGACAAGAAGGCCCCAGCAGACUUUGACAGCUGUAUUUCUUCUCAGAGAAUAGGCCAGGAGCUUUUGUUUCUGCCCCAAGAAAGUGUUCAGGAAGCAGGUGCUCCUGGGGGUCAUACUCAAAACCUCAGGUGUUCCCCAUUGGAGCCUGACUUUGUCCCAGAGGAGAAAAAGCCAGAGUAUGGCAGUUGGGACGUUAGUCAUCAGCCAAAGGCCACUGACACAGCCCGUGGUAUUGAGCAGGAGGCGCCCCAGGAGGGGCCUUCCUUUAAUAUCUCCUGGGAAAAGGAUGGGAGCCCCAACAAGCAGCCGUCUGCAGAGCCUGAGUGGACUCCUGAACCUCGGAGCUCCAGCAGCCAGCAGCAGGAGCAGACAGGCAGGACUCGAAGGUCAGGCCCCAUUAAGAAACCCGUCCUAAAAGCCCUCAAAGUAGAAGAUAAGGAGAAAGAGCUGGAGAAGAUGAAGCAGGAGCUCGGGGAGGACCGGCUGGCCAAGGAGAAGGAACAGGUUGGAAAGGUGGAGAAGGAUGAGGAUGAAGAGAACGACUCCACCCUGGCCAACUCCUCCCCCUCCACCUUAGAGGACAAGGCUCCCACCCAUGCUACUUUUGGCCAUGAGGCCAAUAAGCUUGAAGAGGAUGAGAAGCCCGACAAGUCCUGGGAAAACAGACCCUCACGAGAAUCCAGUGAUGUUCCCCCGACCAAGAGAAAUAACUGGAUCUUUAUUGAUGAGGAGCAAGCCUUUGGGGUCAGAGGGCAGGUCCGGGGCCGAGGCCGUGGUUUCAGAGAGUUCACUUUUCGUGGUCGGCCUGCUGGUGGCAAUGGAAGCAGCCUCUGUGGUGGGGGGGGUCUGGGGACUCGCAGUAUCUACAGCAACAGCCAGCGAUGUGGCCGGGGCCGGGGCCUCCGUGAGUUCUCCCAGCCGGAAGACUGCCCCAGAGCCAAGCCCCGGCGGAGGAUUGCCAGUGAGACGCACAGCGAGGGCUCAGAGUAUGAAGAGCUGCCCAAGCGGCGCCGGCAGAGGGGCUGUGAGACUGGGAACCAGGGCUUGCUCCUGGAGAGGGAGGAUGGUGUUGCAAAGAAAGGCGACUGCAGGGAUUCCUGGCGAUCUAAUAAGGUGUACUCUGAGGACCAUAGUGGUCUGGACGCUAAGAGCCGAGGCCCUCGGGCCUUUGGGCGAGCCCUUCCUCCACGGCUGAGCAACUGUGGCUAUGGGCGGAGAACCUUCAUCUCUAGAGAGUCCCCUCAUUGGCAGAGCAAGAGCCCCGGCAGCCCCUGGCAGGAGUAUGGUGCCUCCGACUCAUGUGGAACCCGGCGGCCCAUGGACAGAGGCUACACCCCAGACUCCUGCCGGCACUCUGAGUCAUUCAGCAGCAGGCCCUUUGAGGAUGGCCGCCUGGAGGACAAGAGGUCCUUCUUCCAAGAUGAUCACGUGGCAGAUUCUGAAAAUGUAGAGAACCGGCCCUUCAGGAGAAGGCGCCCCCCACGCCAAGACAAGCCCCCCCGCUUCAGGCGCCUCCGGCAAGAGCGUGAGUCACUGGGCCUGUGGGGGCCUGAAGAGGAGCCCCACGUGCUGGCGGGUCAGUGGCCAAGCAGGGCCAAACUCUGUCCUGGGGACAAGAGCAGCACCGUAGGUCGCAGGUCCCCCGAGCUCUCCUACCAGAAUUCCUCCGACCAUGCCAAUGAGGAAUGGGAGACGGCCUCCGAGAGCAGCGACUUCAGUGAGCGGCGUGAGCGGCGAGAAGGCCAUGGGGCUGAGCCUGACCCCCAGGGGGAUGCUGGCCUGUCCGGGGCCAGUUUGGGUGAGAAGAAGGAGCUGGCCAAGAGGAGCUUCUCCAGCCAGAGACCCCUGGUUGACAGACAGAGCCGAAAGCUGGAGCCGGGAGGGUUUGGGGAGAAGUCUGUUAGGCCAGGUGGUGGUGACACUUCCCCCCGUUAUGACAGCCAACAGAAUGGGACGCCUUUGAAAGCCAAAAGAUCCCCAGAUGAGGCCUUGCCUGGAGGCCUUAGUGGCUGCAGCAGUGGGAGCAGCCACUCACCCUGCAGCCUGGAUCGGGCGGCCCAUGCCAGCACUGAUGUUUCUGAAGCCUCCAGUAAGAAGGCAGAGAAAGAGGCCAAGUUGGCUGCUCAGAGGGCAGGAGAGCAGGGAGAGACCAUGAAACAGUUUGACCUGAACUAUGGAAAUGCCAUCAUUGAAAAUUGUGGGUCCAGCCCUGGAGAGGAGAGUGAGGUGGGCAGUAUGGUGGGUGAAGGCUUCAUUGAAGUCUUGACCAAGAAGCAGCGCCGCCUGCUGGAGGAAGAGAGAAGAAAGAAGGAGCAGGCCGUGCAGGUGCCUGUCAAAGGUCGAGGUCUUUCCUCUCGUAUUCCUCCUAGAUUUGCAAAAAAGCAAAAUAACUUGUGCCUGGAACAAGGCGAUGUGACCAUGCCUGGCAGCAGCCUAGGCACUGAGAUCUGGGAGAGCAGCAGCCAAGCAGCUCUCCCUGUGCAGGCCUCAGCCAGUGACUCCUGGAGGAAAGCAGUCACAGCCUUCAGCAGCGCUGAGCCUAGCUCCGCAGAGGGUUUUAAGAGCAGCCAGGGGGAUAGUGGUGUAGACUUGAGUGCCGAGUCCCGUGAGUCGUCCGCCACCUCCUCACAGCGCAGCUCCCCAUAUGGUACUCUGAAGCCAGAAGAGAUGAAUGGGCCUAGCCUGGCGGAACCCAAGAUCGACAGCCACAAAGAGCAGGCUCAGAAGCAGUCUGAGCAAAAGGAUUCAGAACAAAGCUCAGGACAGAGCAAGGAGCACAGACCAGGACCUAUCGGCAAUGAGCGUUCUCUGAAAAACAGGAAGGGCUCGGAGGGGGCUGAGCGGCUGCAGGGGACUGUUGUUCCACCUGUUAAUGGGGUAGAGAUUCACGUGGACUCUGUGCUGCCUGUGCCACCCAUUGAAUUUGGAGUCAACCCUAAAGACUCUGACUUCAGCUUGCCGCCCGGUUCUGCCUCUGGUCCUGCAGGAAAUCCAGUUGUCAAACUUCAGGACGCCUUGGCCAGUAAUGCGGGGCUAACACAGAGUAUUCCCAUCCUCCGGCGGGAUCAUCACAUCCAGAGGGCCAUUGGCCUCUCCCCAAUGUCCUUCCCUACUGCUGACCUCACUCUGAAGAUGGAGUCUGCACGCAAAGCCUGGGAAAACUCCCCCAGUUUGCCAGAGCAGAGCUCUCCAGGAGGGGCUGGCUCAGGCAUCCAGCCCUCGUCCUCCGUGGGCGCCUCCAACGGGGUCAACUACAGUUCCUUUGGUGGAGUUUCUAUGCCACCCAUGCCUGUGGCCUCUGUAGCACCUUCUGCUUCCAUGCCAGGCAGCCACCUCCCGCCUCUGUACCUGGACGGCCAUGUGUUUGCAAGUCAGCCCCGGCUUGUUCCUCAAACGAUACCUCAGCAGCAGAGUUACCAACAGGCUGCUGCUGCCCAGCAAAUCCCGAUCUCCCUUCACACGUCUCUGCAGGCUCAAGCUCAGCUUGGACUGAGGGGGGGACUGCCCGUCUCCCAGUCUCAGGAGAUCUUCAGCUCUUUGCAGCCCUUCAGGUCUCAGGUGUACAUGCACCCCAGCCUGUCUCCACCCAGCACUAUGAUCCUCUCUGGGGGCACAGCCCUGAAGCCUCCAUACUCGGCAUUCCCAGGGAUGCAGCCCUUGGAGAUGGUGAAGCCCCAGUCUGGCUCACCCUACCAGACCAUGAGUGGAAACCAAGCCCUGGUCUACGAGGGCCAGCUUGGCCAGGCUGCAAGUCUGGGUGCCUCCCAGAUGUUGGACUCUCAGCUCCCACAGCAGCUGACCAUGCCACUGCCUCGAUAUGGCUCUGGACAACAGCCGCUAAUCCUGCCCCAAUCUAUCCAGCUGCCACCAGGGCAGAGCCUCUCUGUUGGGGCCCCCAGAAGGAUUCCUCCACCCGGGUCCCAGCCGCCAGUCCUGAACACCAGCAGAGAGCCCUCUCAGAUGGAGAUGAAAGGCUUCCACUUUGCUGACAGUAAACAGAAUGUUCCUGCAGGAGGGCCCGUGACGUCACCACAGACCUACAGGCCUAGCUCUGCUAGCCCCAGUGGGAAGCCCUCUGGAUCAGCAGUUAACAUGGGCUCUGUGCAGGGACACUACGUUCAACAGGCAAAACGAGUGGAUGAAAAACCCAGCCUGGGAGCCGUGAAGCUACAGGAAGCCUCUUCAGCUGCCUCCCAGAUGAAACGAACAGGAGCCAUCAAACCUCGGGCAGUCAAAGUGGAGGAGAGUAAGGCCUGAAGGUGCCUGGCUGCCACCUGGCCUUGCCCUGCUGGGGACAGUGCCACCACUCGGCCUCAACACAGCCGGAGCUUGGGAGCCUCACUAGGUCCAUCAUCCAACCACUUGGCCAGACUGAGAGCUCUCCCUCCUCUUCUCUGCUCCUGAAAGCUCCAUUGUCAACCAGCUUGCACCCGUGGAUACAUGGCAUUGACCUGCUUGCUCUGAUACGAUAUGAAACAAGCAACACCACCUUCCCCCCCAUUACCUCCUGACUGUGGAGUGCGGAUCCCUUUCUGUCACCUGCUCCCGCAGGGCACUUCCUGCCAGUGCUUCGGGCCCCGCUGCCCCACCCCCAGGCAGAGCGGUUUGGCAGCAGGGACAUUUUAGUUUGAGGCUUUUUGUUUUAAAAAGCAGCCAAGGUUUUUACAAAGGGGAAAGGAAAACAAAAACGCAAGCUACAUCUGUACAGCUAAACUUUUAUACGUCCUCUCCCACCCUCUCCCUUUCCUCCGUGUCUAGUGGUUUCCUUCGACCUUAGGAGAUGACUCUUAAGAAUGUGUCCCUUCCUGCUCCCUGUCAGUUGGUUGACCUGUGAGGUGGUUUAGGACACUGGUCAAGAGCCCUCUGGUGUUCAGCUCCCCUUGGACAUACAUGAUCAGGUGAACAGCAGCAGGUAGGUUGGUGUCUCCAUCAGGUUCCAACUCCUGGCCUGAUGGGCCCUAUCACGGGCAGCCCUGUGACAUUGAUGAUUUAGAGUCACACAGGAUUUCUGUCCUGGGCUAUGCUGAUCACUGGGCACCAGAGAGAAAUGGUGGAGAUGAUUGCUGGUAUUUUCCAGAUUGGCCUGGAGGGAGCACCCUGACACACCGCAGGCCCUUUGGUGUGUGCAGUUCCUCCAGGGUGUUGUGUUCCCACACGCACCAACUUUCCUUGGAGCCUUCCCUAACCUGUCAUCUCCCUUUCCUUGUCUUUUGGAGUCUGCCGCUUUCUUCCCUGGACGCCUGUCCCCCACCUCUCACACAGCUCUUCACUGAAACCACAGUGACAAGAAGACAUGGAUUCUUCUUUGGUCUACUCUGCAGCAAAGGUGUGUAGGCUCUGAGUAAGGCUGCUGGGAGUUUCCCCCUUUUCUCCAUUUCCAGCAACAGGCCCAGGUUGUUGGGAUGGAAGGACAGCAUGGGCAGCAUGUGUUAGUCUCCCUUAUCUUUGUGGGCAGCUGAGCAGGGGGCCUGGUGAGGGUGUGCACUGCAGAGCUCACUAGUUCCAAGUUCCAAAACAGCUUUGAACCCUCUGAAGACUGUUGUGUGUGUGUGUGUGUGUGUGAGUGAGCCAGCCUUUAUAUCUGGGCUUUGGUGGCAGUUUUUAAAUAAAACAGAAGGACAUCAUCCCAAAUUCUGUCAUUUCAAGGAAAGGGACAGUCCAAGCUUCUCAGAUGCCCUUAGGGUGACUGGCCAGCCCCUCACCUGCACAUAUUGUUGCCUGCAUUGCUGUUAGUUCCAGAGGAUACCCAACUCAGAACAUGCAGUGAAGUGGCAGGCCAGGGUGGGCCCUGCACAGAGCCUGCCGAUCAUUGUGGGUGUACCACAGGUCUUACUCAGGCUUUGCGUCCUAAGCUCCAUGUCUAGUGUACCAUAUGGAAAGAAAUCUUAGGAACUGCUGGAAUAACUUCUUGUGUUGCCUUUUACAAUUCUAUGGAAGUGAAGGAAUAGCCUCUAACCAGGCAGUACCCAGUUGUCUCCCCCCAAUGCCAUCUGGCUUGGGGCUAUUUCAUCUGUACCUUUCAGCAGCCCCUCUUCUUGUCUCCUCCCUGACCACACAUCAUUUACUCUUUCAUCCCAGAGUCUUUAUUCCUCAGUCCCUUCUGCCCAACUCAUUUUCCAGCACUUACCUGCCUGCGUCCUCAUCUAUGGUACCCCCUACCUCCAGUGUGUGGUCAGGGCCCUGGGACUAAUCCUCUGCCCCACCUGCCUCCAAACCAAGUUGCUCCUGGGGUAGGCUGGGUCUUGGGGAGCCACAUGUUCAUCUCUGCCUGUACACUUAAGAAACCCCACUCAUACCUGAUGCUGGUGCACAUUAUGUCAAAAGAAAAAGAAGUUUUCUCCUGUUAAAACCGAACAGAACAGUCCCAGAUGCUGUUACAAACUCGAGAUGUAUCCUUCAGGUGAACCUGCCGCCAGAGUGACAGUACUUGCUGAUGGAGAAUAAAAACAAAAAGGCCACCUUUUCUCUAACCUGGUGUUUCCCUCCAUCCUUCCCCCCACUCCAAAUAAAAACAAAAAACACUAGAAUUUAUUUAUAUGUAUUGAUGUUGUAGGUCUAGGUGAAAAAAAAAGUAAAUGUUUCACUGCUCUGUUUAUAUAUAAUGUCUGGAUGAUUAAUUCUGUGCAGGAAAGGCCAGGAACAUGCAUGUGAGGUUCUGUGCGUCCACCACCUCUGUGUGUCCCAAGCCAAAAUCUUCCCCACUGAAAUGGAGAUUUUUAAAUUAGACUUGAUCAGGGCAGAGGACAGGCCUCAAGCCUCCCGAUAUCCCAGCUCCUUCUUAGUCUGAUUAAAUGCAGUUUUUAGUGCAGAGACAUUUUAAGGUGCAAUAUCUUUUCUUUUCGCAUGAUUUUAGAGCCAAGCUCAAUCUAACAGGACUUAGCUCCAAAACCCCACCAGAGCACAGAUCCAUGCAGAAGCCAGGUUGCUGUGGGACCUUGGCAGUAAUAGGUGAGGACCAGCACUUUGCUGCUGCAGGGUUUGCUUACUAAAGUCACCCUCCUGGUGUAGGUUGCUGUCUGGCCGUUCAGCAGUGCAGCCUAUUCCUCAGCACCCAGUGCCCUUGCAGUAAUUUGUCCCCUGUUAAGAGUGUGUGGGGUGUCAAGGUGGCCUUGACUGCCCUCUUAAAACUUCUAUUGGCUGCAACUGGCCUGGUUAACUGUGUUCUCACCCCCUUUUUAUUUGCAUUUUAUUGGUUUCAAUCUUGGAAUUCAUAGAAUACUUCUGGCUCCAGGUUCCUUGGGUGGGGGUGGGGGCGACAAAGGAUUGGUUUUAUGAAAUACUAUACUCAGAGGAAUCCAUUCAGUUGUGAGCUAUGGCCAUUCCAGCUGCUUCUAAGAAUAUUGGGUCAUCUUGUUAGAUGGUGACACGGUUCCUCUCCAGUGAUAUACCAUUGCCCUCUGGUCUUCUGGAUUUGCCUCCUGAGUCUUCAGUGAUGACAUCUGUCACCGACUAAUGCUCAGACCCAGGAAGGCUGUAUGUGCACACAGGUGCACAGCUGUGUUGUAAGCUGGCCUGCCAAGGCAGCAUGUGGCAGUUGUGGUAAAGCUCCCUGCCCCUGCCAUUUGGUUCCCCUCUGCCAAGUAGAUGCAUAUCACUUCUCAAAUAGUUAUUUGCUCCUUUUCGCUUACAGAGCAAGCCUGGGUUAGAGGGUCUGUUGGAAAUGGCCUUUGACAACCAAGGAUACUAGAGUGUGUGCUUUGUCAUGUUCUGUGAUGAAUGUGGCAUGCAGACUUCCAGAAAGCCAGCUCUCUGAAAUGUGAGGUGGACUUGUGACAAGUGGGUCGUCUGAGAUAGCAGGGGCUCUGUUGGGGACAGAUGCUGUGUCACCUGGCCGUGUUCCACCAUGACCACUGAGUGUGUUCUUUGCUAGUGAUCUUCCAGGUGCAGGAGGCCUGCUGUUCAGUGUCCUCUGCCCUGGUUUGGCAGCAGCAUCCCUAGGGCGUGUCCUCAGCAUGCUAGGAAGCCUAGGAGCAGAAGUCCCUGCUACGGCUCUACGUUAAGACUUUCUUCCAUUGUUCAAAGGGGAUACUGGACUCUAAACUUUUGACCUCAUGCCUUGCAUAGUAAAAAGGAUUUGGGGUUUUCAUUUUGUUCUUGAGAGGGUUGUGUUUUGUUUUUGUUUCCUUUUGUUUAAUUUUGGCCUUUCCUCUCUUUGUCUUUUCAUGUAGACCAGAUAUUUGAAAGGGCAGACGAUGGAUAAAGGUGUAAUGUGCAACUCGUUUAUAUGUUAGUUUUGGCAAACUUACCUGGGAUGGGAAAUGGAACCAUGGAUUCACCCGGCCAGUGUUGGCACACACCCUGCGCCUUGCCCUCCGGUUCAGUACCUAUUGUUUCUCCUUUCAAAUAUGUGAUUGUACUAGCUCUUUCCAUAUGAAAGAAUUCUCCUUAUUUAAAUAAAAAAAGUU